AUGGAUGUUUCCAUCGGUUCAGUCUUGGGUGCCCUCCUGGCCGUGCUUGUCUCCACGCUGCUGAUCAGAGUGCUGUUCCUUCUGGUGUGGAAGCCCUAUGCUGUCAGCAGGUGGUUUAGGGGUCAGGGCGUCGGGGGCCCAAGCUACAGGUUCUUCGUCGGCUCCCUGCCGGAGAUCAAGCGGAUGAAAGCAGCCGGGAGCAAGAUCAUACUCGACGUCGGCUCCCAUGACUUCAUCCCGAUCGUGCAGCCGCAGUACCGCAAAUGGGUGGCAGAUUACGGGAAGACAUUUCUGUACUGGUUCGGCGCAGUGCCGACCAUCUGCGUCGCCGAGGUGGACCUGGUGAAGCAGGUGCUCGCGGAGAGGACAGGUCUGUUCCCCAAGGACUACUUGAACGCCAACAUGGAGGCACUCCUUGGCAAGGGUCUCGUUCUCACCAACGGCGAAGAGUGGAAACGCCACCGCAAGGUGGUGCACCCGGCCUUCAACCUCGACAAGCUCAAGGAGAUGUCUGUGGUCAUGGCAGACUUGGUGCAGCGUAUGAUGAAGCAAUGGCAAUCUCAGAUACAGCAGGAUACCAAACAUGAGGCUGAAAUUGAACUCAGCAGUGAAUUCUCAGAGCUGACUUCAGAUGUGAUCGCGCACACGGCCUUCGGGAGCAGCUACAAGGAGGGCAAAGAGGUGUUCGUCGCGCAGAAGGAGCUCCAAGAACUCGCAUUCUCAGCAUCGCUUGAUAUCCCAGCUCCUGGUUGUCUAAGGAAACUGAAAUUGCCAACUAGCAAGAGCAGCCGACGAGUUGAAAAACUGGACCAGAAGGUGAGGAGCAUGCUCACGGCGAUAAUCGAAGGGCGCCUUGCUGAGAAGGACACCAAUGUAUACGGCAACGAUCUCCUCGGUCUCAUGCUCGAAGCGCGCGCUCUGGAGCAAGAAGGGCACCAGAUGCUCACAACCCGGGAGAUCGUGGACGAGUGCAAGACCUUCUUCUUCGCAGGGCAGGACACCACCUCGCACCUCCUCACCUGGACCAUGUUCCUGCUGAGCAGGUACCCCGAGUGGCAACACAAGCUGAGGAAGGAGGUUAACAUGGUACUUCUCGAGUCACUGAGGCUCUACAGCCCCGUGGUGUUGAUAAGAAGGGGCACAGGCUCAGACAUCCAGCUCGGCAGCAUAAGGGUGCCCAAGGGAACAAUGCUAUCGAUACCAAUUGCAUUGCUGCACAGGGACAAGGAUGUCUGGGGCCAUGAUGCCGACGAGUUCAACCCUGCCAGGUUCGAGCACGGCGUGUCCAAAGGCGCUGGCAACCACCCGAAUGCCCUGCUGUCCUUCUCCCAGGGGCCUAGGGCCUGCAUUGGCCAGAACUUCGCGAUGCUUGAGGCCCGUAUCGGGAUCGCCAUGAUCCUUCAGAGGUUCUCGUUUGAGCUCUCGGCAAAGUAUGUCCAUGCACCCAAGGAAGCGAUCACCCUGAUGCCCAGGUUCGGGCUUCCCAUGAUCCUGAGGAACCUUCGCGACUGA